CCUCGAUCGUUCGGCAAUUCAACCCGCCUUUGACAUUUCGCCCCCUUCAAUCGACGACGACGACAACGCCCUCCCAGCAGGCCAUUGACCCUCACAAAUCUGCUCAGCGGAGCAGCCACAACCACCGCAUAGCACACACAAAUAAAAAAAAAUAACGAUGCUGUCAAGAACAACAGCCACUCCGUUGGCCCGGGUGGCUGCUCGGCCUGCCUGCAGCGUCGCCACACAGCAGCAGCCGGCGAGGUCUUUCGCAACCGUCCAGGAUGGCACCCCGGCCCCGAAGCGCACGUACGGCGGUCUCAGGGACCAGGACCGCAUCUUCCAGAACCUCUACGGCAGGUAUCCGCCGGACCUCAAGCACGCGAAGAAGAUGGGCGACUGGCACAAGACCAAGGAGAUAAUACUCAAGGGCCACGACUGGAUCAUCGGAGAGAUCAAGGCUUCGGGUCUGCGAGGACGUGGAGGUGCCGGUUUCCCGUCGGGUCUGAAAUGGUCAUUCAUGAACUUCAAGGACUGGGACAAGGACACCAAGCCCCGGUACCUGGUCGUCAACGCAGACGAGGGCGAGCCCGGAACAUGCAAGGACCGUGAGAUUAUGCGCAAGGACCCCCACAAGCUUAUCGAGGGAUGUCUUGUUGCGGGACGUGCCAUGAACGCGACGGCUGCCUACAUCUACAUCCGUGGAGAGUUUUACCACGAGGCUGCGGUUCUCCAGGGCGCCAUCAACGAGGCUUACGCCGACGGCCUUAUCGGCAAGAACGCCUGCGGCUCCGGCUACGACUUUGACGUUUUCGUCCACCGUGGAGGUGGUGCCUACGUCUGCGGUGAGGAGACGUCCCUGAUCGAGUCUCUUGAGGGCAAGGCCGGCAAGCCGCGUCUCAAGCCUCCGUUCCCUGCCGCUGUUGGUCUGUUCGGCUGCCCGUCUACCGUUGCCAAUGUCGAGACUAUCGCUGUCGCUCCUACAAUCUGCCGUCGCGGUGGCUCAUGGUUCGCCGGCUUUGGUCGCGAGCGUAACCAGGGUACCAAGCUGUUCUGCAUCAGUGGUCAGGUCAACAACCCUUGCACGGUCGAGGAGGAAAUGUCCAUCCCGAUGCGUGAGCUGAUUGAGAAGCACUGCGGUGGCGUCCGUGGUGGUUGGGACAACCUGCUCGCCGUCAUCCCCGGUGGCUCGUCUACUCCCAUCCUGCCCAAGAACAUCUGCGACGACCAGUUGAUGGACUUUGAUGCCCUCAAGGACAGCCAGUCCGGUCUGGGAACUGCCGCCGUGAUUGUCAUGGACAAGAGCGCCGACGUUGUCCGCGCCAUUGCCCGCCUCUCACAUUUCUACCGCCACGAGUCUUGCGGCCAGUGCACGCCCUGCCGUGAGGGUAGCAAGUGGACCGAGCAGAUCAUGCACAGGUUCGAGCACGGCCAGGGCCGCGUUCGUGAGAUUGACAUGCUUCAGGAGCUGACCAAGCAGGUUGAGGGACACACUAUUUGCGCUCUGGGAGAGGCUUUCGCCUGGCCUAUCCAGGGACUUAUUCGCCACUUCCGCCCCGAGCUGGAGAAGCGCAUGGCGGACUUUGCUGAGAAGACUGGAGGCGAGGCUUUGGCCGGUGGUUGGACCCACGACACGAGGCAGCAGGGCAAGCUUGUCGCCCCGGGUCAGUAAAAGUGGAUUUUAAGUUGAUUAAGUUUGAACCGAUUGGAGGUUUGUCUAGACUAUUUGCAACAGGUGGUUUAGGUUCACAAGUUGAUCGGAGCAGGUAUAGAAUCCUGCAAAACGUGCAUACGCAGGCUCCUCUUGCCUAUGAGUAAGGGAGAUAUGUACUGUAUUUACUAUGUUGGUUUUUUUCUGCGAAUCUAGUGUUUUCGCUUUGGAUUUUUUGCAUGAAC